CCCUCCCCCCACACCUCUCUCUCACAAAGCCUCCCUCUCUCACACACACCUCUUUCUCACCCCCUCUCUCACGCGUGCACACACAUCUCUCUCUCACAACACCCCUCACUCUCUCUCUCACACACACCCUCUCACCCCCACACCUCUCUCUCUCACGCACGCACGCACACACACACACACACACCCCUCUCUCACCACCCUCUCUCCUCUCUCUUGUAAAGCCUGACUGCAUCUUAUUUGUUCUGUUUUCUAGCAAUCCAGAUGAGAAAAAAUGGAGAUGGAUUAGCUAGCAAAGAUUACAAACAGAUUGAUGAGAGAAUGCAGACAGAAAACAAAUAAUUUUGAAAGGUUCCCCGAGAUGCUUAAAGAACCACUUGCACUUGGGAAGAGUUGCCACGACAUUCUGACGUCCCUCCCUCCCUCCUCCCCCUGGACAGUUGUGCCAUCUUUUAUUCCACUCCUAAUGCCUGUUAUUAUCACCCCGGAACAUCUCUCUCUGGAGCGGGUGGGGAGACGGGGUGCCAGAAUGAAGCAGAGAAUGAAUGGCAUCAAGCCGAAGGAGGAAAGAGAAUAAUUCAUGGAAGGCGGUCCCACGGAACCAGAGCCUGUCAGCAAUGUUGCAGUGCAGACAUGCGCAGGAGUUCAGCUUUGGGCCCCGGGCGCUGAAGGACGCUCUGAUCUCCACCAACCCUGCCCUGCAGGAGCUCUACGCCAAAGCCUUCUCCAGGGCCGAGAAGCUCUUCCUCUCCGAAGCGUACAACCCGCACCGGACGCUCUUCUGCAGCUUGUUCAUCCGGACGGCCUUCGACUGGCAGCUCAGCCACCCCGAUGCCCCCGAGGACUUUGAAACCUUCUACUACUCCCUGCUGAGGAGGAAGCAACGAUUCUACCGCAAGCACAUCUACCUGCAACCCAUAGACCUGAGUGAAGGCCCAGCUGGGAUCUCGCUGCUCGAUUCCCUCCGGAGCUGUGUGGAGUCCUUUUUUCUUGGCCUCCGGGUCAAGUGCCUUCCUUCGGUUCCGGUUUCCUCCCUUCACUGCUGUUACCGCCACAACCAGGAUUCCGACAGAGUGCAACUCCACACAGAUGGGAUCCUGACCUUUCUGAAGAACAACAAGCCAAUGGAUGCUCUCUGUGUCCUGGGCCUCACCCUUGCUGACCUCUACCCAUGUGAAACGUGGAGUUUCACCUUCGGGAAGUUCUUGCCAGGCCAAGAGGUGGGCGUGUGCAGUUUUGCCAGGUUUUCCGGCGACUUCCCCCAGGUGGGCUGCAUCACCUUGAACCCGUCUCCUCAGAGGCAGGAGGUGCGCAGUGAGGCCGCGGAGCAGGCCCGAAACCAGACGCUGCUGUUCAACAUUCUGGAGAUGCUGCAGUGUUGCAAGGUCACAUGCCACGAAAUCUGUCACCUGAUUGGCCUGGGAAACUGCCGCUGGCUUCAGUGCAUCAUGCAAGGCGCGCUGAGUCUGGACGAAGUUCUGCUCCGGCCGCUGGAGCCCUGCCCGAUUUGUCUCCGGAAGCUACAGUACGUUGUGGGCUUCAAGCUCAUCGAGCGCUACCAGAAACUUUACGCCUGGACGCAAACCAUCCUGGCUACCUGGCCCAGCCAAGAAUUGACAGACCUGUCAGUAUCAGAAGAUAUUCUGCCCGACAGCACAGACUCCGGGAUGGGCUGCGAGAAUGACUCUGAGGCGGUCACGUCCCUCUCUGAGCCCCUGACCCCAGACACCUGCAGCCAAGCAGUUUCCACCUUCCAGGAUCUGGACCUUGACGAACAGUCGUGUUCCCUGGCCGAUGCCCCCAGCCAGGAGCAACUGAGUGGCACCCCCAAGCCCCUGGACAUCAUUAAGGAGUACGGGCUCUGGCUGCAGAUGUGCAUCGCCGCUCUCGAAAAGGACGUCUCCGAGGAAGAGCUCCUGCAGGUGGACACAGCUGUGGACGCCCUGGCACGCUGGGAAAUGUUCACAGGGCAGCUACCUGGCAUCAGGAGGGACUUGGCUUUCACCAGCGACAGUACAGGACUGAGGAAAGUCCUCGGAGAUAAGUUCUCCUCUUUAAGGAGGAAACUGAGCUCUAGAAAGCAGGCGAGGGCAGAAUCUUCCCCUCGGCACUGGAGAUGGGAGGAGGGCUAGCUUCUCCACUUUGCCAGUGAGUUUAACAUGGGGUUGUGUUAGUCAUGCGUUAGUGAGGCAUCCCGUCCUUUGCACGUUCUCAUCAUUUUGUUGGGGAAAGAUCCAAGAGUUCAGAACUGCAAUAAAAAAAACGUUUAUUCUAUA